AUGUUUAAAUGCGCCACUGCGGAUGUUAAGUAUAAAGAACUUAUUAAAAUUAUUUCACAAACAACUGGCGUGGGUCGAAAUACAAUUAGUUCAACAAUUUACGAGUACAAAAAAACGGGAACAAUUACAUCAUCAAAUAAAAAAAAAAUUAGGCCGACAAUAAACGAGAAGUUAGACGAUUUUCAAAAAAAUGCUAUUCGGCAAAUCGUACAUUCUUUUUGGCACAAGAGGGAAAUACCAACUUUACAAAAAAUUCUUAUUGCAGUUCAUCAGAAUGAAGAUUUACCAGAUUUACCCCAAACAAAUUUAUAUCGCGUGUUAAAAGGAUUAAAUUUUCAGUACACUAAAAGAGUUCGGAACAGUGCUUUAAUAGAGAGAGAUGAUAUUGUGAUUUGGAGAAAUAAAUAUUUAGAAUCCAUCAGGAAGUAUCGACAACAAGGUCGUCCUAUAUAUUACUUAGACGAAACGUGGGUGAAUGCCGGUGAUUGUACACAAAAAACGUGGGUAGACAAUACAGUUACAUCUCAUAGGGACGCAUUUCUCAAGGGAUUAACGUGUGGUACUACCAACCCAAGUGGCAAGGGAAAACGAAUUAUUGUAGUUCACAUUGGCUCUGAUGAAGGAUUUGUACCUGGUGGGCUAUUGUCAUUCGAGUCCAAAAAGAAUUCUAAUGAUUACCAUGAAGAAAUGAAUGGUGAGACAUUUUUUAACUGGAUUAAAAAUAUUAUUCCGUUGUUAAAAAAAAAUGCUGUUGUGGUAAUGGACAACGCCUCGUACCAUUCCGUUAAAAUUGAAUCGUGUCCUACAGCGAGUUGGCGAAAGGCAGAUAUUGAAAAGUGGUUGUACGAAAAAGGUGAAACAUACGAAAAACCUAUGAUUAUACCACGUUUAUUAGAAAUUGUGAAGCGGAUCAAACCUAGAUACGAUAAGUACGUCAUUGACGAAUUUGUAAAAAACUAUGACAUUGAAAUACUUCGUUUACCACCGUAA